CGGAGCGGCGGGGACGGGCCUGGCGCCGGCGGCGGCGGAGGGGCGCCGCGAGCGGGCAAUGUGAGCGCGGCGCUCUCGGCAGAUUACGCUUCAUGUCAGUAGAAAUGGACAGCAGCAGUUUUAUUCAGUUUGAUGUGCCCGAGUACAGCAGCACUGUUCUGAGCCAGCUAAACGAACUCCGCCUGCAAGGGAAACUAUGUGACAUCAUUGUCCACAUUCAGGGUCAGCCGUUCCGAGCCCACAAAGCAGUCCUCGCAGCCAGCUCUCCCUAUUUCCGGGACCAUUCAGCAUUAAGUACCAUGAGUGGCUUGUCAAUAUCAGUGAUUAAAAAUCCCAAUGUGUUUGAACAGUUGCUUUCAUUUUGUUACACUGGAAGAAUGUCCUUGCAGCUGAAGGAUGUUGUCAGUUUUCUGACAGCAGCCAGCUUUCUUCAGAUGCAGUGUGUCAUUGACAAGUGCACGCAGAUCCUUGAGAGCAUCCAUUCAAAGAUCAGUGUUGGAGAUGUGGACUCCGUGACCGUCGGCACUGAGGAGACUCCAGAGAGUCGUAAUGGAGUUAAAGACAGCAGCUUCUUUGCCAACCCGGUUGAGAUCUCCCCUCCAUACUGCUCUCAGGUACGGCAGCCCACCACAAGCAGUGAUCUCCGGAUGGAGACGACGCCCAGCAAAGCUUUGCGCAGCCGUUUACAGGAGGAAGGGCACUCGGACCGAGGGAGCAGUGGGAGCGUCUCUGAAUACGAGAUUCAGAUAGAGGGGGACCAUGAGCAAGGGGACCUGUUGGUGAGGGAGAGCCAGAUCACUGAGGUGAAAGUGAAGAUGGAAAAGUCCGACCGGCCCAGCUGUUCUGACAGCUCCUCCCUGGGAGACGAUGGGUACCACACCGAGAUGGUUGAUGGGGAGCAAGUUGUGGCAGUGAAUGUGGGUUCCUAUGGUUCUGUUCUCCAGCACGCGUAUUCCUACUCCCAAGCAGCCUCACAGCCAACUAGUGUAUCCGAAGCUUUCGGAAGUUUGAGUAAUUCCAGCCCAUCCAGAUCCAUGCUGAGCUGUUUCCGAGGAGGGCGUGCUCGCCAAAAGCGGGCUCUUUCUGUCCAUCUGCACAGUGAUCUGCAGGGCUUGAUGCAGGGUUCCGACAGUGAAGCUAUGAUGAAUAACCCUGGGUAUGAGAGCAGUCCCCGGGAGAGGAGUGCGAGAGGCCACUGGUACCCGUACAACGAGAGGUUGAUCUGUAUUUACUGUGGGAAGUCCUUCAACCAGAAAGGAAGCCUUGACAGGCACAUGCGACUCCACAUGGGAAUCACCCCCUUUGUGUGCAAGUUCUGCGGGAAGAAAUACACACGGAAGGACCAGCUGGAGUACCACAUCCGGGGCCACACUGAUGAUAAACCAUUCCGCUGUGAGAUCUGCGGAAAGUGCUUUCCAUUCCAGGGUACCCUCAACCAGCACCUGCGGAAAAACCACCCGGGCGUGGCAGAAGUCAGGAGUCGCAUCGAGUCCCCAGAGAGAACAGAUGUGUAUGUGGAACAGAAACUAGAAAACGAUACAUCGGCCUCAGAGAUGGCCCUAGAUUCCCGGAUGGAAAUUCACACAGUGUCUGAUGUUCCUGAUUAAGAUGGUAAAGAAGUGCACCCACACAAAGCACAUUAAUCGAUGCAUAUUUGUGAUUUGCUUUGUUGUAAUCUUUGGUUUUCCCAACCAUCUGGAAAUCUCUUGGUCUCUUGGCAGUUUUUCUAAGGUUUCUGGAAGGAGCGCUUCAUUGUGUUUAUCCUUUCCCCCGCCCGCCCUCCCCCCAAGGAGCUCAAAGCAUGAAGGGCAGUGUAUCCAGGGAAAACACAGGCUGACAGUAUUCCUUUUUGGCUGAACUCUUCAUCCAAAAUCUGCCAGUGAUUUAACUAUGCCAACUGGUUGACCCUACAUUCUCUGCCAAGAGGCAUACUCUCUCAUUGUGUGCACUGGCACCAGUGCAUUUCCAUGGAGGGAGACUAGGAUGCCGUCAGCUGAUUCAAAUGGGUAACCUUUUCUAAUUUAAAAUUACUUUUAGGGGGUAGUUAGACAAUUUAUAUAUAUAUAUAAUAAAGUGAUUAUUAUAUAUAUAGUAUAUAUACAUUCUCAAAUUUGAUUUUAUUCUGGUUGAGGUGAAUGUAAGAGGAAUAUAUAAUUUAAUACAAUGUGAACAGAGCUUUUGACUCUGUCUCGUCCUUACCUAAUAUGUUAGGAUUUUGCCCCUUUAUUUCCCUUACAAAAGAAUGUUAAUAGGUUUUCAUAUAUAUUAAUCAUCGUGUCCAAAAGCAAGCAAAGCAAAUCACAGUGUUCGUAGCUCUGCUUCAUAACAAGUACAUAAACCAAAUGCCAUAAAAUAUAUUCAACUCUAGUUGGAAACCAUUUGGGAUUUUUGUUAGUUAUCCAGCAGGUAAGCUGGAUGACCCGUGGUGCUGACCUUUUUACAUAUUGUAGUGUUAUAUUAGCCAACCCCAAAGGAGCAGUGGUUUUCAAUGUUUUUACUGGCCUACGAAUCUACCUUCAUUCCGUACUGUAGAAACAUACAUACCAGGUAACUAAAUCGAAUCACUCUCUACCAUGAGUUAGUACUCUCACUAAAGGAAAGGGAUUUGUAGUUAUGUCUACAAAAUUCUCCAAGCAGUGUUGUGGGUUUUUUUUCUUCUUCUUCUUCUUCCUCUUUUCAAACAGCCAGUUCAGGUGCACAGCAACUUUUUCUACAUGCAGUUCCCAGGGAAACUGCAGAACUUGGAAUUUGUACUUUUUGUAAACAUAUACUCUAUGGGAAUUGCAAGCAAUAUAUCUUAGUAUUGUGUGUGCUAACGAGAGCCUCAGUGGCUCCCCACUCUCUCAGUGUUUCCUGCUUAAAGAAACCAACAGUUAAAAAGCCCUCUAAGAUACUCUGUGUGUCACCAAAUCUCUGUGUGUCACCAUUUUUUGGUCACGUGGUGCUAUUUUUAUGUUAUGUCUCUUUUAGGUCAGUAUAGUUGUAGAAAAUGUGAAAUCUAAUGGUAAAAGUGAAUUACAGUUUUUUUCCUCUCUUGAGUUUAUAGCUUGAAAAAAAAAGACCUCAAAAGCAUGUGCUGGCAAACAUAUUACUGUAUAAAAACAUACCCGUCCUAUUUGGAUAAUGUUUUAUUAGUACUUUAGGAAAUGUCUUCAGUUUUAUAUUUUGUUCACCCGUGUGCUUCUAGCAUACAAAAUGGGCUUUAUAAGUUUGCUUUGGUACUGUAUACUCUGACAGUAAUUUUGUAAGCAAUUUGGUGGUGAUUUUGUGCUGGUAAGGUGUCAGCACUCCAGACUCUGCUUGAGAACCUUGGCUCUGAAACUCACAACCAGUGUGUCUCCGCAGGGGAACAGCACACACCACCUAAGAGAAAAACAAAUGAAAAGACCAACCUCACAGGCUGGGAGUUAAAGGAAUACAAAAAUAGAUGUUUGCUGGCUUUCCAUGCUUUUUUGGCUCUUAAAAUACCAAGAAUGGAGUUGGGUGGGGGUGUUUGGGGAUUUUGUUUUGUUUUUUUGUUUUGGGGUUUUUUUUUGUGGGAAAAAAUCAUCCAGGCCCUUGUGUGUGAUCGCCCCUGGGGCGGUAGUUGUGCAGUAGCAUCUCUUUAGCACAUGGGAUCUGCUCGCGCGUGAACCACCGCGCUCCACAUCAGUGUUACUACGUACAGACACACUCGCGUCCUGCUGCUCCGAGGAGCAGCUCUUGCUAAUCGGGUACAUAGUAUGCCUUUUUCCUGUCAGACUGCCUAAGUAAGGGGUCUGUUCUCUCCCUGAAGCACUUGCUUAACUCCUGUCAAAGCCGCGUGCCUCAAGGGGAGGCCAGACUCCAAGUGUUUACCCACUUAAAUAUGUUCUGGGGUUUCAGGUAAAUGUUUGUGAUUUUUUUUUCCUUACAUGAGUAAGUUUGGUUUUGAUUUUUUUUUCAAAGAAUUAAAUGCAAAAAAUUUGUGUUGUGAUACAAAUUAAGUUUGUGACAAGAAACACCCAAAUCAAGGACACGAGAGGUCAGGCUCAGGGAGGGAACCUCCUUACUCAGGCUUGGGGCCUUCUGGGAGGGCUCCAGAGCAUUCUGAGACACAUGAGAAAAGUUAGGAGGGGGGCACUUGGGGCAGGCACCUUGAAUGUCCUGGUUCUUGUCACCGUGUCAGUCUUAACCUUAUUUACAUGGAGUUCUUUGUAUUUGUAAAUUUGUUUAACUGGUUUGAGUUUACCAAAGAGUGACUUAUCCAAAAUUGUCUUUGACAAAAAUAUACAUUGCUUUGAUUGUACAGUUCAGGUUCAGACCUUGUAAUGGGACUGUUAAGGGGCAGAAAAUUGAUUGAGUUUCUCUCUAAUAAUCAUGAUUCCACGUUUUGCAAGUUCCACUUGCUCCCAUUCAUGUUGCUAACACUUUCCCCUUUCCACUGCUAGCAGUGUUAAGAAUGAAUUCUCAAGCCAUAACACAGUACUGUAAGGUUCCACAGGGCUUCGAGGGAGGCAGCGCGGGCCCGCCCAGAGCUGCGGGGCUCUGCGCGUGCGCACCGCCGUACUCUCAGUGUGCGGCGGCGAGUGAAAGAUUAACUCCAUUCAGAUCGGGCAGCAGCAAUUAAUUGUGCCUUGUCACAUGAGGAUGUGCCAGGAGGAUUAACGUGACCACAGAACAGAAACAUUCUCUCCCCGAAGUUCACUUCACGUCUCCGCAGACGAAGUCCGCUGUGUAACUCCUUUAGAGCAACUUUUUGGAAAGCAAAGUCCCUAUUUCUGUACAGUUUUAGGUUAGAUGUUUCAUUUAUUUAAAAAAAAUGCAAAAAUCAAUUCAGAUAAAAGUGAUAUGUGAAGAAAUCUUUUACAGUAAAAUAUAUCCUGAAUUCACAUAGGUUUGUUCAUAAUUGAGUCUCGAGCUACCUUUUCAAACACGUAGACAAUAUGAAGACAGUGACAGCAUCCUUUUCUAUAGGUGUUUAACCUGUUAUUAUAAACUGUGAAGACAAAGAAUUUUAUACUUUUACUAAUGUUUGUGGUUUUAAGCAGUUAUUUUCAUUCUAAUCAGUUCUCUACCCUCUAAUUUCUACUAAAGCUGUAAAUACAUUUAGAAAUUAUAUUUGUAAAUACAGUAUAUGAAGUCAAGUUAAUUUUGGGGUCAGUGGAAAGCCUCCCAAUUGGCUCUGCCUUGGCAGUUGUUUUGUUUUUUUGGUGGUUGUUUUUUUGUUUUUGUUUUUGUUUUUGGUUGGUUAGUUGGUUUUUUGUUUUUGUUUUGUUUUUUGGUGUUUUUUUUUUUUUUUUU